AAAUAUUAUAAAAUUUAGGACUGAAAAUUAUAUGAUUUAAACUUAAAAUUAAGCAUAUAUUCGUUUAUAAUAAUUUUUUAAUGAUUUCAUAUUAAAACUGUGAAAAUACACAUAAAUUAAGGAAUUAUUUGGUUUUACGUUAACCGGAUAUGUCUGGUAUAAAAAAAAUAGAUUGGUAAACCGAACCACAAACAUUGAAAUGCAACCGAAUCCAGAGCUCAUCCGAACCAUAGCCAACCGCUACGCCGCGAACCUCACCCUCUGCUUCCCUCUCCGACGAACGUCUCUCCAACUCGCACGUGCCAUCCACGCCAACUUCAUCACCUUCGGGUUCCAGCCACGCGCCCACAUCCUCAACCGUCUGAUCGAUGUCUACUCCAAAUCUUCUGAGCUCCGUUACGCGCGCCACCUGUUCGACGAAAUCCCCGAACCGGAUAAAAUCGCCAGAACCACCAUGGUCUCCGGCUACUCCGCCUCCGGCGACAUCGCCCUCGCUCAGAAUAUCUUCGAGGAGACGCCAUUGUCUAUGCGAGAUACUAUAAUGUACAACGCGAUGAUCACCGGCUUCACGCACAGCCACGACGGGUGCUCCGCCGUGAGCAUGUUUCGCGAGAUGAAGCGCGAAGGGUUCAGACCGGAUAACUUCACUUUCGCGAGUGUUCUUGCUGGUUUGGCGCAUGUUGUGGAAGAGGAGAGAGAGUGUGUGCAGUUUCACGCUGCAGCUGUAAAGUCCGGAGCUGGGAGUAUCACUUCUGUUAUGAACGCUAUGGUCUCUUUGUAUUCAAAGUGUGAUCUUUUAAACUCGGCGAGGGGAGUGUUUGAUGAGAUCACUGAGAAAGAUGAGAGGUCGUGGACGAGUAUGAUGACUGGUUAUGUAAAGAACGGUUUUUUCGAUUCAGGGCUAGAGUUGCUUGAAGGGAUGGACGAGGGGAUGAAGCUUGUUGCUUAUAACGCGUUGAUCUCUGGUUAUGUUCAUAGAGGGUUGCAUCGAGAGGCGUUGGAGAUGGUUAGAAGGAUGGUUUCAAACGGAAUUGAGCUUGAUGCGUUUACUUAUCCUAGUGUUAUAAGGGCGUGUGCUACUUCCGGGUUGCUUCAGUUUGGGAAGCAAGUCCAUGCCUAUGCGUUGAGAAGGCAGGACUUCUCGUUUCAUCUCGACAACUCUUUGGUUUCGUUGUACUAUAAAUGUAAUAAGUUUGUCGAGGCGAGGGCCAUUUUCGAUAAAAUGAGGGCGAAAGACUUGGUUUCUUGGAACGCGUUGUUGUCGGGUUACGUUAGCUCUGGGCACAUAGGCGAGGCGAAGCUGCUUUUCAAGGAGAUGGAAGAGAAGAACAUCUUGACGUGGAUGAUAAUGAUCUCGGGGUUAGCGGACAACGGGUUUGGAGAAGAAGGUUUGAGGCUGUUCUCUUGUAUGAGGAAAGAAGGUUUCGAGCCGUGCGAUUAUGCCUUCUCCGGGGCGAUCAAGUCGUGUGCUGUUCUUGGAGCUUAUUGCAACGGGCAGCAGUUCCAUGCUCAGCUGGUUAAGAUUGGGUUUGACUCGAGCCUCUCUGCUGCAAACGCGCUUAUUACAAUGUAUGCUAAAUGCGGGGUUGUGGAGGAAGCUCGGCGGGUGUUUAUUACUAUGCCUUGCCAGGACUCGGUUUCUUGGAAUGCUUUGAUUGCUGCGCUGGGACAGCACGGGCACGGUGCUGAAGCGGUGGGUGUGUAUGAGGAGAUGUUGAAGGAAGGGAUAAAGCCUGAUAGGAUCACGUUUCUUACGGUUUUGACAGCGUGUAGCCACGCUGGUUUAGUAGACCAGGGACGGGAAUAUUUUGAUUCGAUGGAGACUGUUUACUGUAUACCUCCAGGUGCUGAUCAUUACUCAAGGCUGAUCGAUUUGCUCUGUCGGUCUGGGAGAUUCACUGAAGCGGAGAGUGUAAUCAAAUCGUUACCGUUUGAGCCUACUUCACAGAUAUGGGAAGCUCUUCUCUCGGGUUGUAGAGUCUAUGGAAACAUGGAGCUAGGGAUCAUAGCUGCAGAGAAACUCUUUGAACUCAUACCGGAACAUGACGGGACCUACAUGCUCUUAUCGAACAUGUACGCAGCUACUGGCAAGUGGGAGGAAGCGGCAAGGGUGCGUAAACUAAUGCGGGAUCGAGGAGUUAAGAAGGAACUGGCUUGUAGCUGGAUUGAGGUUGAGACGCAAGUGCAUAAGUUUCUGGUGGAUGACACCUCACAUCCAGAGGCAGAAGCUGUUUACAAGUAUCUUCAAGAGUUGGGAAAAGAGAUGAGGAGAUUCGGGUAUGUGCCGGACACGAACUUUGUGUUGCACGACGUGGAGUCUGAUGGUCACAAGCAAGAUAUGUUGAUUACUCACAGCGAGAAGAUUGCGGUUGCGUUUGGGUUGAUGAAACUUCCUCCGGGAAGAGCCAUUAGGGUGUUCAAGAACUUGAGGACUUGUGGUGAUUGUCAUAAUUUCUUUAUUUACUUGUCGCGUGUGGUGCAGCGUGAGAUUGUCUUGAGAGACAGAAAGAGGUUUCAUCAUUUCCGGAACGGUGAGUGCUCUUGUGGUAACUUCUGGUAGGGAAGGCUUUGCUUUUGUUGCCAAUUCAUUUAGACUUCAUUCUUACAUUUUUGUUCAUCGUUAUAAAUUCUUACAUCUGAAGAAAAUUGGGAAUAAUCUGUUGCCCUACGCCUCUAAAUUCUAUCUUUGUUGAGUUCAGAGAACACGUUUCCACCUGGUACAGUUUUGUAUUUUGGACAUUCGGACUAGAUAGUCUAUUAACACAUCAUAAGAGCAAUAGCUUGACUGGGUCGUUGUUGUUUCUCUGUUCAUAUCAAACUUCUGAUUUUUCAUUUAUUUUAUUUUUUCAUGGAUAGCUUCCACUUGCAUGUAAAGAUCAGGAAAGACUAUCUUAACUUAUCCCAAAAUAACUUGUUGAGAUUCAACGAUUAGAUUCUUCUUUUUCUUCGAGUAAGCCUUCAUACGUGAGGUAAUGAAACAAAAUGGCUGAUCAGUUUGUUUGCAUUUCUUUCUCCUAAUGAAGCCAUAAAUACUAAGCAUAACUUGCUUCCAGAGGAAACCAUUCCCUCUAACAAUACCCAAGUUUACCUUACUCGCUCUCAAUGUUAAUUCUUUAAUAUCCAUCUCAUUCAAUUCACCCAAUAGAGGUCAAACCUGAGAACUCGGUCAAACCUAGUAUGAGCUAAGAGUUUAGGUUAGUUCUGGCUUGAAUGCGCCUAAUUAUGUCAUGGAUCAAACUCUAAUGACUUCCAGUUUGAACUAAAAUACUUUUAAAAAAUAUUUUAAAAGUACAGAUUUAUAUCCAUAAGAAAAGAAAAAGAAACAAAAUUGCAACUAUAUGUUGCUAAUUUUUAAUAUAUAAACAUUUAAACUAAAGUGGAGCAGUGGAUACAAAAAAUGCAAAUAUAAGUGAAACUAUAAACAGUUAAAAUUCCACAUAAA